AUGAUUGAAGUCUAUACAGGAAAAGACUGGCCUCGUGUAAUAAUCGAUGUAGACGCGACAUCCUUUCUCUGCAGUUACGAGUUUGCGGAAAAUGUCAAGAUACACAUCAUCAAUGCCAUUGCGGACGUUGGAAGUGACAUUUGCGACCUGAGCGAAGUCGUUGGUAGUGAUGUGCCUGGACCUAUCAUCGCAGCCUUGGCCACCGAAGCCACUUCAGGCAAAGCCGGAGAGGUUCGACUGGCAGGAGACCAUGUCGUCUACAUUCCCGACGCACUCUCUGGAAAGGCUGACAUGCACAUGAAUCAGCUGUGCGGGAAGAGAAUUGCUGGUCUGGUAUCGGAACUUCAUGCUAAUGGAUACUGCAUGAUUCACGAAGCUGCAGAGGGGAGUCACGGCGGCCCACGAGGUGAUACACGUGUCGAGAAUACGGUCAUUGAGCAGUACGGAACCACAAGCAGCGGCCAGAUUCACAUCAUAGAUCUUACCACCGAAGUCUCAAAACCGGGCAAAAUCUCGAAUCGCUCAGCUCCAGCUCAUAGCACGAAGCUCUUGGUUGAAGAUGGAGUACUGACGGCAGAGAUGGCCGCUCUUGGCGCUGCAAUUGAAAAUCGUACCGAAGCGCUGUGGCGCAGGGAACCGGCUUCCGCUACACCUUCAAAUGCUAUCAAGAUGCUCCAACCAUCAGACUAUCCGGUUGCGCACAAAGGAGAGCUCGCUAAAUCGCUGGUCCGCAGCCAGCUUCAUGCCGAAGUUCUGGAAAGUGUGUCGGCCGACAGGCUGUCUGAGCUCGAGGGCGACCGAUCAGAAAGGUUUGUAGAAUUGAUAGAAGCAAAGCUCUGGGGGCCAUUGCACUUGUACUCAGCAGGCGUGCUUGCAAGCAAAGACCCGACACUCCAACAAAACCUUGAGACGUUCGUCGUCGACUACCUCAAGCGCGAGGUAGUACCUAACACAUUUGACGAUGCUAAGCAUCAAGGCCUGCUGAACGAUCGCACCAAGAAAAGAGAAUGCGAUAAGCUACAGCAGGAUGUAGAAAAGGCUCGCAACUUCGAGGAGCUACAGAAAGCAGUUGCAAAAUUCGGCAGAAAACUCCACAUCUCGACUCCAGGCGAGGAUCUGGUGAUCAAGACCAAGCAUAAGGCAAUCACGCAAGCCGUGAGAUCGAUGCAACGAAUGAAUAGAGGUUCGGACAUAUUGCAAAACCUUAUAUGGGUUCUGCUCGCAACAAGUGGACCGGGCCUGUUCGUGAGUUCUGGUAAGGACACCAGUCGUAUGAUUCGGCAGUACGAUACAAUAGGCGACACUGAAGUCACAGGCAUGCUGAACAUCUGGAGAGAUAAACUCAAGGGUGGAAUAGAAGACGAGGAAGAUAUUCGACAGAUGAAGGAACUCGCCUCUGCAGCGCUGGAGGAAUGGGAAGAGGGCGAAAGGGUGAAGCCAUACUCCGGCACGUGA